AUGAGCUUAGUAGAACUGUUAUUAAAAUCUAAGAAACAGGACAAAAAGUCAGAUGAUAAAGACAGUAGUCUGUCUUCUGGGAUUAAGGCUGGAAUGGAUGCUCUUUCAUUACUUGGCCAUAUAGUGCAGGAUCAUAAUCAGAUUAGACGUGAUAGUUUAAAGGUAGACUUAAAUCUACAAUAUAAAAAAUUGUGCAAUCCUUCUCAUAAUACUGAUACUGGAUCAAGUAAAUGGUUGUUUGGUGAUGAACUUGGUAAACGUGUAAAAGACAUAAAAGAAACAAAUCAAGUUGGUUCAUCAGUGGCCAGUGGAAGCCGUCUAUAUAAAAGCGUUUCAAGAUUUAAUUCUAGAUCCAAGCCUUUUUUAUCACAAGGCAACAGUCACUACAAGCGACCUCCACAAAAUCAAAGUCAGUACAGGUUCUCGAACAAGAAGUACAGUUCUCAUCAGAGAAGCAGUUACAAUCAGAACAAGAAAAAUCAGUCAGAGAAAAAAUAG